AUGACCUCAUCACUUCCCCUUUCGAACUUGCAACGUUCCUCUUCCUUAUCUUCUUAGCUCUCUUUGCUAGCAACGCAAUUCUAGUGCAGAUCCUGAAGCCUUUGUCUAGAACCAGCCAAGAGAUGGAGAGAAAACGAAUAGCCAUCGUUGGCAGCGGGGUUUCAGGUGUGAGUGCUCUCUGGACACUCAAGAACACACAGCAUGAAGUACAUCUUUUUGAAAAAGAAGACCGACUAGGUGGCCAUACAAACACCGUGACUUGGGAAAGUAAUGGCCACAGUACUCCAGUCGACACUGGGUUCAUCGUUCUCAACACCGCUACGUAUCCGAACUUCAUCGCCUUCCUUGCCUCUCUUAAGAUCAAAACAAUCGCUUCCGAAAUGACCUUUGGCAUCUCCCGCGAUCAAGGCGCCUUCGAAUGGUCUGGCACAUCGCUCUCCGCUCUCUUCGCCCAGCCAACAAAUCUCUUCAAACCGUCUUUCUGGCGCAUGAUCUUCGACAUUGUGCGCUUCAAUCAAUUUUCUCUAGACCUUCUGUCUACGUCUUCUUCUAGUCCCGUAAACAAUAUUAGUAUCGGGGAGUAUCUGGAAAAGGAGGGGUAUUCGGAUGCUUUCAAAAAUGACUAUUUGAUUCCAAUGACGGCCUGUGUAUGGAGCACCGGACCUGAUAAAUGUGCUCUCGAGUUCCCGGUUCUGACCCUAGUAAGGUUCAUGUGGAAUCACCACUUGCUAACCACCGUAGCGGAGAGACCACCGUGGCUGACGAUCGAAGGGGGCUCGAAGAAGUACAUCAAUGCUGCGAUCAGAGAGUGUACAAACGCUAAGGUGCAUCUUGGGGUAGCUGUGGAAUCUGCCACCCGGAAAGAUGGAAAGGUCAUUCUACGCCUGGGAGGAGAAGCCGAAAACAAGGUAGAAUGGUUUGAUGAGGUAAUUCUGGCCUGUCACGGCGACCAAGCUUUCAAGAUCAUCAGACAAACCGCUGAACCAGAUGAGACGGAUAUUCUGAGUGUGUUUGAGACAACACCAAACACUGCUUAUUUACAUUCUGAUCUUUCACUUAUGCCCCAACGCCACACCGCUUGGUCCGCAUGGAACUACCUGGCAACAUCCCAACGUCAAUCAAAACCCUCCACCUCCGUUUAUGGCGCGCCCCAGACAGUCACCUUGACCUACAAUAUGAACAUCCUGCAAUCCCUCCCAACGAACACUUACGGCAACAUCCUUGUCACCAUGAACCCGGCAAACCCACCGAAUCCGUCACUCACCCAAGCCACGUUCCACUACCGGCACCCGCUGUAUACUGCUCCUAUGGUUGCUGCUCAAGAAAGGUUGGAAUGGAUUCAAGGGAAGCGGGGGAUAUGGUACGCGGGUGCUUGGACGGGUUAUGGUUUUCAUGAAGAUGGGUUUGCCAGUGGAAUGAGGGUAGGUUUACGGCUUGGAGGGGAGGUGACAUGGGAGGUGAAGGAUGCAAAUUUCAGUAGGGGAUCGAGACCUGUGUUAGAUUGGAAAGACUAUGCUGUAAGGAUCGUAAUUCUGGGUUUACAGUUGUUCAUUACUGUCUUAGAACGGGUGUUGGUAGUGCACAGAAUGAGGGGCACGCCGGAGGGUAAUGGUGUUGUGCAUGUGAAUGGCUUUGGGGCAAGAAAUGGGAAGCCGAAGGAAUUGUAGUCGAUCCAUUCCUUAGGAAGCGCGAGUUCGAACCCUCAGCGAUCGCUGUCUCUACACGUUUAGGUACAUCACCGCCACCCUAUAGUCGAAUUCCAGUAUCAUAAUUAUGCCAUUGAAUUUUGAGGAAUCCUGAUACGACCCUAGUCAUCACAGAAUGGGCACCCAGAUGCUGAAGCGAGCCAUUUCAUUCCCGAUACGGC